AUGCCCUCCAAGGCAAGAUCGUUAUUCGAGCUCACUAGGCUCCAUUGGUUUCCAGUGGGGAGCGACUUAAUUUUUUGGCCCUUUGGUUGGGGUUUCCUGUCUGCGGCAUAUCAUGUGGCGUUGCCCAUGAACGAAGUUGUAAAGGAUUUCCUGUUCUACGCAUUGCUGGGCACACUGGCGCACAGCGCGGGAUGUGUCAUAAAUGACAUGCUUGACCGCGACUUCGAUCGCAAAGUGGUAGAACGCUCAAAGGACCGACCGAUCGCAUCAGGAGCUGUCUCUAGGUCAGAGGCUUCAGUUCUUCUGGCUGUUCUCGUCGCUGCCAUUUAUUACAUGUUUUCGACUGCUGGCACCGCAGCUUUCUCAAUUGGUGUUGUUGGGCUUCCUGCGUGUGGUGGUGCGUAUCCGCUGAUGAAGCGCUGGAUGUACUGGCCUUCUUUGUUCCUCGGCUUCGCUUGCAGCUGGGCCGUCCCAUUCACUUGGGUUGCAACGACGGGCCAGUUCAAUUGGGACAUCAUCCUUACCAUCGCAAUUGCGUCAUGCUGCUGGACAUGUCUUUACGACACCAUUUACGCAUGUCAGGACAUGAAAGACGACGAGAUGGCUGGAGUCAAGUCCAUGGCAGUCAGUUUGGGCGAAGUCAUUCGUCCUGCAUUGAGUUUAUUUGACUUGACCUUCUUUGGGUGCCUUUCGUGGGCUGGGUACUUGAACGGCCAGCGCCUCCCGUUCUAUUUGAUAAGUGUCAUCGCGCCGUUCCUCCUCUGUCUCUGGCACAUAUGGUCAUUUGACCAACAUGAUCCCAAAGAUAGCUGGAAGACAUUCAUGGUGCGUCUCGACAUAGUCACAUGUGCUCAAUCUCAUAUUAUUCUGUGCUCCAGGCGAGUCGCCAUGGCGCGGCGAUGGUAUGCGCUGGAUUGCUUGUAG